CAGAAAUAUGGGUGGCAGAGACCUGUUUAUUUGUGAUGAGUUAUACUACUAGGUCCAGAUGGCGUCUUUAAAUUCCAUGGAAUUAGAGCAGGUGGGUGAUUGUAAGAGAAUCAAUACCCCGCAGCUCAAUCCUUGCAACGUCAGCACUUCAGGACCGCGGACAGCUCCAUGUGCUGGAAUAGAAAACGCAUCGUUUCAGGAGGAGGAGCAAGAAGAGACGUCAUUUACAAACCGUGCCAGUGCCGACCAGGGGAUACAUAACCGAACGAGCCCCUGUGGCACACACAGGGGGCCCAACAACGAGGCGUUUGAAGAGCACGAAGCCGAGACAAGUGCCCCUUCUGUGGAUUACGGGUUUAUUUUCUCACUGGUGUUCUUAGUAAGCGGGAUUGUGUUGGUCGUUAUAGCUUACACGAUCCCCAGAGAGGCAAAGGUGAACCCAGACUUCGUGACUGCGAGAGAGAUGGAGAAGCUGGAGAGGUAUUAUGCACGCCUCGGGUCUCACCUGGACAAGUGCAUCAUCGCCGGUCUGGGGCUGCUCACUCUCGGGGGCAUGCUUCUGUCCAUGCUGCUCAUGAUAUCCAUAUGCAAAGGGGAAUUGUACAGGAGAAGGACCUUCUCUAUCUCCAGAAGGUCUAAGAAGACGUACGGAUCUACAAACCUGAGAAUGAGAAGGAUGGAGGGAGAUGGACGGCAGUCGCUGGUGGACUGUGAACCCGCUCCAGUCACAUGUGCAGUGCAUUCAGAAAGAUCCAGCUAAACAGGGCAGAAAGUCUUUCUUUAUUUCUUGACAAACAGAUGACCGUUUGCCUCACUCCACUGUUGGCACAGCGAAUCCAAUGCCAGGGGUUCUAGGUAGGAUAAUAUACAGAUAUACAUACAGAGCAGUAAAUAGGGUGAGAUGUUAAUAUAUACUGUAUUUAACACUCAAAGGCUUAGGCUAGUUUACAAACAAACUCGAAUCAGAAGAAGCUAUAAGCACAAUGUGUGAAUACGUAAUUAAUACAUUAUUGGCUAUGACCUGACGAAACAAAUGCUUAUAUAAAAUAUACAUAUAUAAAAUACAACAAUCCUCAUGUCUCAAAGUUUUUGCAUUCUUGUACAGAAGAGCAAAGGAAAAAGAAAACGCCAAAGGGCAGGCGGAAUCUCGAUGUCCUAAGAGUGGCAGAUUCCUUUCUCGAAAUGAUGUUACUGAAACUUUUUUUUUCUAAAUAAAUGAUGGUUAGAAGUAAACACUUGAAUGUGUGUAUUUACUGUACAAGUUACACGUUCAUAUAAUAUGUCUUUAACGUAUUGAAUUAUACCGGUCUGCAGUUUUAUUUCAUUUGCCAAUUUUGUACACACGAAACCAGCAACUGACCAAAAGAGCAACAGUUUUGAAAACAUGAAUAUAACAAUGAAUAUAAUAAUGAUUAAUAUACAACUUAGACAACACAAAACCCAGAGUAGGGUGAGAACAGAGGUGUUGCAGAGUAAAUCUGUCCGAUGUACAACAAUCGACAUGAUCCUCUAUGCUUUACCGCUUACAGGACCUGUACUGGGAAGAGCUCAGUGCAACAGCAACGCCGUCUGUAGGUUUUAAGGUUAGAUAGUUAUUAACUGCACUGUCAUCUUAGUAGUAAUAAGCUAAAACACGAGACUGAAUGUAAGUCAGCAGUUUUUUUUUUUUUUUAAAGAUCUGAAUAGUUAUCGGUUAUAUAGUGUAUUGAAAUGAAUUAACAUUUCCCGUUUCUAUCGUAAGGAUUCAGGUUUGCUUCCUCAGUGAUGCAGCCUGGCUAAGGCGGAGGUGCCGUGUUCAAAGUCUAGCUCGGUAUAAAGGUUUUGUAAAGAUCUUCCCAUGUAUAACAGAAAAAUGAAUACACAUGCUAGCGCUGGUACAGCCAUGCCUGCGCAGAGGCAGUGAGGCGCGCUUUCAAAUAUCAUUCGAGCACUGCUAAACAUAAAGCGUACAGAUAUGCCUGAUUGAAAUGCCAACACUGAUAUGAAUUUUAACUGUGUAAACAACUGAACUAAACCCUCUCCCAAACAAAAUCGAUUACCGUACCACUACAAACAGAACGGGUUAAUCUGGACACGUUUGAUUACAGGCAGUCUGAUUAGUGUUUAAGAACAAUACUUAUAUUAAAACACAUCUUUGUUACACAUUUUAAACAAACUGAAUGUUGUUCCUGUUAAACACAUUUGCGUAAGUUUAACUCAAGAUUUUGCAGCGUGCUUCAAUGUGGCCUGUCAAGAAAUGUAUGGCGUGGCCAGCAGUGUUUGCUAUCGUGUAAAUAUUUGUAAAGCCUUUGUAUUGCAAACUCUGAAGCCAGUUACACGCCACAGCUACACACGGGAGUGCCUCAAAGUGAGACUGUUACGGUUUUUAAAAUAUGUUUUUGUAUUUCAUUUUAGAAUUUUGCAUUGUUCUAUUUUAAGCAGCGUGCUAAGCAACCAUUCACUUCGGCAACGACCAGUUACCAGAAAAUCAAACCUGUGAAAGAUGUUAUUCGCAUGUGUGUUUGUGUACUACAGUGUCAAUUCUCGAAGCCACGGUACAACACCAAGGGGUUAAACGUAUCUAUGUAUUUGUGCAUAUCGUACCGUGCUUUCAAAUCUUUGUUUU